CGUCACCAGCGCCCCAGAUAGGCGUGUAUAAAGUUCGCCCCGCGUGGUCGCUGGACUCAGAAGUUUUGCAGCGCAGCAGAGUCAGCGCGUGUGACACAGCGCUUAGCCCGGGAUAACCAUGCGUUUAACAGUUGCCUUUCUGGCCCUUGUCGGCCUGGUGGCCGUGAGUUUUGCGGCACCGGUAGCGGAAUUCGAAGAUCCGUCCCCAAGUGAGGAAGAGGACCGGUACGAAGAACCGGACAGUUUUGAGACGGAAACGUUCGACCCUGCCGAACCCCCCGAGCCAGGGGAUGGAGAGGAGGAGGAGGAAUACGCAGAGGACGACUUGACGACGUCCAAAGACGACUUCGAACCGCCUCCGCCACCACCUGAAGAUGAUUCUUGGUGGGAAGAAGAAGACGAGGAGGAAGAAGAUGAUUCGUGGUGGGAAGAAGAAGACGAGGAAGAAGAAGGCUGGCCAGAAGGGAGGACCGCAGAGGAAAACUAUGAGGAAAUCUUAUCGUCUGAAGACGUCGAGACGCAAGAAUCGACGCCGCCACCUCGAGAGGAAGACCAGGAGGAGCCUCAGCCAGAGGGACGGUCCGAGGUGUUCACGUCGGCUGAGGAGGUGGAGGGGAACGCUACCGAGGCGGAGCAAGAAGGCAGCGGGGACUACCUGCCUCUCCCAAUCGGCAUAGAGCUGCCGCCAGAGCCGGAGAUCGACGGAAACUACACCAUCGACGAGACGCCGCCUGUAGACGGGAACACCACUGAAGAAGACGGGCCGUCUGUACUGGACAGCAUUAUUGAAAUCAACCAGAACGCAGGGUUGUUUGUUGGUAUGCCGGACGGUCGCUCAGUGUGCCCUGAGUUCGAGUGCGAGCUUUCCUGCAUGUUUGGGUACGAGACGGGAGAAGAUGGCUGCCCCGAAUGUAGCUGUGUCCCAGAUGGGGAAGAAAAGCUGUUUGAAGGCGAUAUCGCUUUAAAUGACGACACCAAAGAAUACCUCCGGAACGUGAUCGAGCCUACCGGACGGGGUGCCAGCAGGAGGCCGCUGUGGACAGGGCGCGUGGUGCCGUACACCUUCAACAGUGCAGUCGCCUAUAACAGCGCCAAGACCAACGCCAUCAACGCCGCUAUCAGAGAGUUCCACCGCCAGACCUGUAUCCGCUUCGUGCGCAGGAGUAACCAGAGGGACUACAUUGAGUUCGUCAGUCUUGGAGGGUGCUUCUCUAAUGUCGGUCGUAACGGCGGGAGGCAGCAGGUGUCCAUCGGUAACGGCUGUGAGCAGACCGGCACGGUCAUUCACGAGCUCCUGCACGCACUGGGAUUCUGGCACGAGCAGUCCCGACCUGACAGGGAUAACUUCGUCGCCAUACAGUGGGCAAACAUCCCGCAAAGUGUGCGCUACAACUUCCAGAAGUACACCAAUCGUGAAGUGAACUCUCUCGGGUCCGCUUACGACAUCGGUUCCGUAAUGCACUACGGCAGCUACGCCUUCAGUUUCAACCGUCGCCCGACCAUCACGGACAGGUCCGGCCGACCAAUUCGUACCCAGAGAAGAGGUUUCAGCAAUUCCGACUUGUACCAGUUGGCGAGGCUUUACCAGUGCAGUACCACAGGUGGUGGUGGAGGUACUGGUACCGGCGGCGGUGGUACCGGAACCGGAGGUGGCGGUGGUACCGGAACCGGCGGGGGAAACGGAAACUGCGUCGACCGCAACAACAACUGCAACUCCUGGUCCCGCCAAGGCUACUGCGCAUCCAGCCAGUACCGCCAGUACAUGCAGACCAACUGUCGCAAGGCCUGUAAUCUAUGUUCCGGCACCGGGGGAGGCGGUGGUACCGGCACCGGAGGCGGCGGUGGUACCGGAACCGGUGGUGGCUCCUGCAGAGAUAACAGCAACCACUGCCGCUCCUGGUCCAACCAGGGCUACUGCCGUUCCGGAUCCUACGUCCAGUACAUGCGCACCAACUGCCGCAGGAGCUGCCGGCUGUGCACCGGCGGUACCGGUACAGGUACCCGGCCCAACCCGACCAGCAACAACUGCCGCGACAACAGCAACCACUGCGGGUACUGGUCUCGUACCGGGGAGUGUAGCAAAAACCCUACCUACAUGAGAAAGUCCUGUCGUAAGAGUUGUGGGUUGUGUUAAAGAGCGUGCGAUAUCAAUGAUCAUUGUGAGCACCCUCCUCCUUUCGCACAAUGUAAAAUCAGUUUCUUGCAUUGAAUGAACAUUCUGACGCUGCUGAAAUUAUUGUUUUAAACCAUUGUUGCAAAGAAUUGUUAUGAUACUGCGGCACUUGAAUUCCUUAGGACACUCAUUAUAUACAAAAACAAAUAAAAUUGUCAUUAAUUACUUACGCGUUUUGUCAACCGGAUUAAUUGAUAGAUUGGACGCAGUUGGAACAUCCUGUCAACUCUUAGAUAUCAUUUAUUCAUUCAUUAUUAUUCAAACUUAGACUGUGAUCAUAUGGUGCCAAUGUUGAGAUUGUAUUUGAGAUUGAAGUUUAUGAAUAAGUGCAUGGGUUAUCAUUACCAAAAUAUUCCGAAUUUUGUACGCAUUUUUAAGACACCUGUAUACUUUGUAAUUGUACUAUUACUACUU